AUGGCCGGCCAAGCACAGGACCAGAUCAGCGAGCAGGAACUGGACGAGAUCUAUGCCUUUGCCAUCCAGCUGGGCAAGGAUGCCGGUGAGAUGCUCAUGGACGGCGCGAGGGUGCGCAUGAGCGGCUCGUCAGGAGGAGGGCAAGCAGAGGAGCAGAGGAUUGAGGAGAAGGAGAAUGCUGUGGAUAUCGUGACCAAGACGGACACUGAUGUCGAGGCCUUCAUCCACCAGUCAAUAUCCAAAAAGUACCCUCACCACAAGUUCAUCGGCGAAGAGACAUACUCCGCCGGCUCCUCCAAAGACUACCUCAUCGACCCGGACCACCCAACCUGGUGCGUCGACCCCCUCGACGGCACCGUAAACUACACCCACCUCUUCCCCACCUUCUGCGUCUCCAUCGCCCUCAUCGUCCGCGGGUCCCCCAUCAUCGGCAUCAUCUACGCCCCCUUCAUGAACCAGCUCUUCACCGCCUGCCGCGGCCGCGGCGCCUUCCUCAACGGCUCCCAGCGCCUCCCCUUCCUCCCGAACCGGCCCAUCCCCCCCAACGCGCCCAAGGGGUGCGUGUUUGGUUGCGAGUGGGGCAAGGACAGGCGUGAUCCGGACACGGGCGUGGGGAAUCUCGGCCGCAAGAUCGAGAGCUUCGUCACCAUGGCCGUGGAGCCUGCGGCGCGCCGGGGCAAGGGCGGCAUGGUGCAUGGUGUGCGAAGCCUGGGGAGCGCGGCGCUGGAUAUGGCGUAUACGGCGUCCGGGAGCCUUGAUAUCUGGUGGGAGGGCGGGUGCUGGGAGUGGGAUGUCGCGGCGGGCAUUGCGAUCCUGCUUGAGGCGGGCGGGCUGGUGACCACGGCAAACCCGCCUGAGGACCCUGCGACGGCUGAGGUUCCUGAUGUGAGGCUGGGGAGUAGGCUGUAUUUGGCUAUCAGGCCUGCUGGACCAUCAGAGACCGAGACGGCACGACAGGGACAGGAGAGGGUCGUGCGAGAAGUCUGGAAGCGCGUGAAGGCGCUGGAUUACUCUCGCCCUGGAGCCUGA